UUCUCAGGACUCCCGUGGUGAAAUACGAAAAGCGACAUGUCACUUGACAUUAAAGUUAUUAUCAUUUGCCACUGGUAUGUUUUUUUGCGCUUAAGCUUUUUCAGUUGGAACAAGACAUCGACUGCCAGGCAAGGCGCAUUCAUUUAGAUGGCGAACGAUGCGCUGCGUAGUAUGCAUGUCACUUAUACCUCACGCUCUCCCAGGUGGACGUAAUGACGAGGGUCUCAGUGCUGGAGAUCACUGACGUCCAGCUGGAGGAUUAUGGCGAUUACGACUGUGCUGCCACCAACCGGCUGGGCUCCGACUCACACACCGUGGAGCUGGUGCUGCCUUCCGUACCGGACCCUCCCCUGGACCUGCGGGUGCUUAACGCCUCCUCAGAGACGGUCAGCCUGGGCUGGACACCUGGUUUCGACGGGGGCUUCAGCCAGACGUUCCGAGUGAGAUACGCACCGGUGCGGCAGCCGGCGCCCGAGCAGCACGUGCACGUGCCGCACGGUACGUACGAGGCCACCGUGCGCCGGCUGCGAGGUGGCACGCGCUACCGCUUCUCUGUGUCCGCCCACAACCGGCUGGGAGAGAGCAGGUCAUCACUGCACCAGGUUUCCAGCACCGGCACAGAGCGGCCUGCGUCGGCCCGUGACCCGACCCGAACGCCGGCCGGGUCGCUCCUCGGCUCGGCGCUGCUCCUGCUCAACUGUCUGCUUGUCGUCUGCUACAUCCGGCGCCGCCGCAGCAGGCAAGACUCGGAGUUUUCGUCGGGGGCGCUGGACGCCAGUAGCGAGGCGGGCAGCUGCGUGACGGCCGACCUUCUGCCCUGGAGCGGACCCGGCCUGGCCAGCCUGAAUGUGUCGGUGGUGCUGGCCCCGGACCUGACGGUGGUGCUGCGGUGGUGCGAGCCGCUGAUCGCGUGA